UGCACGCGCCUCCGUUCAGUCAACACUCGUGACUCGCUGCGCUCCCGCGCCGCGCGCCCCUUCUCCGGCUCGUCCGUGUCGUCUGACCGGUGGCAGCGUCGGUAGGAGGCUAACUGCUAGCAGCUAACAGCUAGCUGAUGUUACCGAGCGGCGGCCCCGGGCAGGUCUCUCAUGUCUGUUCGUGUUCUGACGUCCUUCAGCGGAGCCGUCACCAAGCGGGCCGGACGCUGCUCCGCCGGGCUCCCGGUCCGCUCGGCGGGAGGAUGCCGCCGUUAGCUCCGCAGCCGUCGAUUCAUGUCGGUGUUAUGUAAGCGCGGCUAACGUUAGCCUGACAACAUGACCGACGCGCAGCAGGACAUGUCCCCGGACUUUGUCCUCAUGAGGCUCGUGUCCGCGGCAGAGUUCGACCGGCUGGACGAGCCCGACCACCUGAUGUCCGGAAGCGGCGGGUUCGGGCCCGUUAAAGCGGCGCUGGGACACCACGGUGGCCCCUCGGCAGGCCUCGGCUCUGUCUCCCCGCACUACAGCUCGCCGCUCCCCGGUAAAGGCGAGCAGGACGGCGGGUUGGUCUUGACGCAGGCUCCGCUGUCCCCUCCUCCGCCAGAAGCCGUAGCGACGCAGAGGUUCGUGGACUUCCCGGUGCAGCACGGCUUGGGGGGGCAGCUGAUGGUGUUUCAGAACCUGCUGCGGUCAGGAGACCAGAUCCUGGAGUGCGGGCUGGAGCAGCCGUCACCGAGGUUCCUGCAGGAGGAGGCGGAGAGACAGCAUCUCGAGUCCGUAUCAGGAACCGGUCCCGGUAGCACAACAGCCGGCCCUGGACCCGGAGGGGGUAAAGACCAGAAUUCACACUGUAUCCCAUCCACAGAGGAGGACCUGCAGCUCCUCCAGUGGCAUCCGGUCCUCAGACUGUCCAAAGGGUCAGAUGGGACUCCUCAGCGGGGCGUCCCGGCUCUGGACUCUGAGCCCGGGUCAGUCCUGUGCCAUCGACACCGCCUGCUGACAGAUGCAUUCGCUAAAUGGCCCCCAGGCCUGCUGGAUCAAGCCUUGCGUCUGGGGCUGCUGGAUCCCAGGAAAAUGUGCUCCAAUGGCGGGAGGGACCCUGUCCUGGUUCUGGCCCGAAGGCUGGGUCAGCUGGGCGAGGGUGGUGGAGGAGAGGACAUGGUGCCUCCACUUACUCGCUGCUCCUGUCACAGUGUCCUGGACUCGGGUUCGGCCGGCAUCGGGCCCGGUGAGGACCCGAGGGAUAGCAGCGACGCCCUGCUGGUCCUUGAAGGUCUGGGGUCUGGGGAGGUGGGGGGGCUGGGAGGGGGUGGUGAGAAAGGAGAGAUGGUGGGGGGGCUGGUUGGUGGUGGGAUGCCUGGGGGGGCGGGGCCUGUGUUCUCAGGUGGGACUCUGAGUGGGCUGAUGCGGCAGGUCCACAGACUGGCGGAGGAGGCGGGGGUCUGCACCGAUCAUAACUGCCGGUCCACAGCGGACGUCAGCACCACUGACCCCCCCUGUCCAUACCCACCCAGCCUCCCACAGGCCCAUGCAACCCCUGGGGGUCUGCAAGUCUGGCUGGAGCCACUCCUGGCCACCAACCCUGAACCAAACCACCGGCCAAAGCAUCAGCAUCACUCCCGCUCCCAGCCCCAGAGCCGCUCGGCCACCCCCAAACUCGGCGUGGCCUCGGGGGGAGUGGGUCGAUCUGCCUCCCCUUUAGUGGUCCUGAAGGGGGAGGGGGGAGGAGGAGUAAGAGAGGGGGAGAACACAUCGCGGAGCAAGUCAAGAAAAGGGGGGUCGCUGAAGGUCCGACUCAGCAAACUGUUUAGAACCAAGAGUUCCAACGGGGGGUCGGGGGGGCUGCUGGACAAGAGGCUUUCGCUGGCCUCGUCCACCUCGUCCGGGGGGAGUCUGCUGGACGUGUGGGGGUCCACCUGCAGCACGGAGCAGGACCACAGGCUGCAGGUGUCCAGACCUCCCAGUGCCUUCUCUCCAGUGACCUUCACUCCUGCGUUCACUGGUGAGACAGUGUCUCUAGUCGAUGUGGACAUUUCUCAGAGAGGUGGAAACUGUCUUCAUCCCCCAACUCCCCCACCCCCACCCAGACGGAGCCUCAGUCUGCUCGGUGUGUGUUUCUCUCGUUGGUCUCCAGAUGAUUUCGGCGGUCCUCCUCAACAGGAGACACUCACCGAGCAAAGUGUGGGGACGUCCAUGCAAUCUCUUCCCCCCCGACCGCUGGCCCUGCCCCCCUCCCUCAGCACCAUCCAGCACAGCCUGAGCCUCAAUGACUCUUUCCUCCGAGGUUUACCACGGCCCGUCCCCCUGCGUCCCGACAGGCAGCAGCCCCCCCCGCGCCUCACCCCCCGCUGCCCCCUCAGUCGACCUGAUGCCAGCCGCUUCGCCACCAGCCUCAGAGAACUGGAGAAGUGCGGUUGGUACUGGGGGCCAAUGAACUGGGAGGACGCAGAGAUGAAGCUGAAGGGGAAAGCUGACGGAUCGUUUCUGGUUCGAGACAGUUCAGAUCCUCGAUACAUCCUGAGUCUGAGCUUCAGGUCGCAGGGAGUCACACACCACACACGCAUGGAGCACUACAGAGGAACCUUCAGUCUGUGGUGUCAUCCUAAGUUUGAGGAUCGUUGUCACUCUGUGGUUGAGUUCAUAGAAAGAGCCAUCAUGCACUCCAAGAACGGGAAGUUCCUCUACUUCCUGCGCUCCAGAGUCCCUGGUCUGCCCCCGACUCCGGUCCAGCUCUUGUCUCCAGUCUCCAGGUUCAGCAGCGUGAAGUCUUUGCAGCAUCUCUGUCGCUUCUGCGUCCGACAGCUCGUUCGCAUCGACCACGUCCAGGAGCUGCCGCUGCCCACGCCUCUGAUCGUCUACCUGAAGAAGUUUUAUUACUACGACCCUGAGGAGGAGAUCAGCCCGACACUAAGGGAGAGGAGUCCUGCCUGCAGCCGCCAGACGGGGGCGGUAGAGUCCCAGACGUAGCACUGGAGCCUGAGACCGUUUUUCUUUCCUUUGUGUUUUUCUUUUUCUGCGGAUGCUGAUCGGCUCCCUGAAAGACGUCCAGACCGUCUCCUGGACUCCCUGAAAGACCUCCAGACCGUCUCCUGGACUGGACUCCCUGAAAGACGUCCAGACCGUCUCCUGGACUCCCUGAAAGACCUCCAGACCGUCUCCUGGACUCCCUGAAAGACGUCCAGACCGUCUCCUGGACUCCCUGAAAGACGUCCAGACCGUCUCCUGGACUGGACUCCCUGAAAGACCUCCAGACCGUCUCCUGGACUGGACUCCCUGAAAGACCUCCAGACCGUCUCCUGGACUGGACUCCCUGAAAGACGUCCAGACCGUCUCCUGGACUCCCUGAAAGACGUCCAGACCGUCUCCUGGACUCCCUGAAAGACGUCCAGACCGUCUCCUGGACUCCCUGAAAGACGUCCAGACCGUCUCCUGGACUCGCUGGCCGCAGCCAGUCAGCUUCCUGUGCUCAGUCCUCCUGCGGGCUCUCUGAUUGGCUCACGAGCAGCGGAAGGGGACGGACAGGGGAGGUGGAGACUCUGCCUCUCUGCUGAUGUCCUCACUGGGCAGUUGGACUAAAGAAAGCUCAGUGUGAGGAGAGCGGGCCGUCACGCUGGAGACGGAGGAUUAGAGCUUUGAGAAAAUAAGAACAUUCAUGUUAUUAUGAAUAAAACUGUGGAGGUCAAACCUCGUGUUCUCAGGUUUGAUUUUCUUCUUUUUCUCUAUAAUCUGAAGUUACCUUUCGAUAAAUAAAAAACAUAACCCUCA